UAAAUGUCAAAAUUGGGACGAAAAUUUUGGCGUGUGCGUGAAAAAUCCGUAAUGAUCGCAAUCUAUUUAUUUCCUUCAUCAGUCAAAAAGUUUGCAAAAGUGGCCCCAAAAUCGCGUCAUUAACACGACAGAGUGCCCCCCGACAGUCACAAAAUGAUGAACGAUGUGGUGCGGUGCUGCAAAGUGUGCGGAGAGACGGCAAAUAUAAGAAGGUGCAGCAAGUGUACGCAGGUUUUUUAUUGUUCUCAAGAGCACCAAAGGCUCGAUUGGCGAUCACACAAGAGGGUCUGUCAUCCGCCUGGCCACAGCCCUGGUGCAGCGUCAACGUCGGUGCAGCAGCCCGAGAACAGGGUACAACUCCCGGAGCAGGGGACAAGUGAAAGUGAGAUUCUGAGCGCGAGGGCGGAACCGCUGGCCAACGAGAACUUGGACUUUCGGGAGUUGAUUGACGAGAAAGACAAGAAAUUCCUACCGUCCACAAUGCUGGUCGGAGACAGCGAUUCAAGGCUGAAUGUCAAUUUCAGGCGAUCACUGGAGGAGCAGCAGCGACUCGAGGAUCUCUGCAUGAAUCUCAUAAGGGACAUGAAUGCCUACGGGGUGUGCGUUAUGGACAAAUUCCUCGGGGAUGAGCGCGGCAACAAAGUCCGCGAUGAGGUCAUAAACAUGUAUUCUGCCGGACUUUUCAAGGAUGGCCAGUUAGUUUCAAACAAAGGACGACGGGACUUGCGACAUAUACGUGGCGACAAGAUCAUCUGGAUCAAUGGCAAAGAGCCCGGGUGCAGAAAUAUUGACUAUCUUAUCAAUCAGGUGGAUUCAAUUAUUACAAUAGCCAAUAAAAUGAAGAAUAAUGGCAAAUUGGGGCAAUAUACAAUCCGAGAGAGAACUAUGGCGAUGGUGGCAUGUUACCCAGGAUCGGGAUCACAUUACGUGAAGCAUGUGGACAAUCCUAAUAGAGAUGGAAGGUGCAUCACAGCAAUUUACUACUUGAAUCCCAAUUGGGAUGUCCAUCAAGAUGGAGGUCUUCUGCGAAUCUUUCCGGAAGGAUCUGUGGAUCAAGUAGCUGAUAUUCCGCCACUGUUCGACCGCAUCCUAUUCUUCUGGUCAGAUCGACGGAACCCCCAUGAGGUGCAGCCGUCGCAUCGAACUCGCUAUGCAAUUACACUGUGGUACUUGGAUGCCAAGGAGCGCGAAACGGCGCUACUUCGGUACCAAAAGGAAAAAGACUGCAACAAAAUUAAUGAAAAAAAUAACAUUGUACCGAACACGUGAAAAUGCGAGAAAAUCACGGAGAAAAUAUUAUUCUUGUCAUUUUUUUUGUACAUUGUACGAUUAUUGUUUACACCAGUAUGAUUUUUUUGCUACUUUGCGCAGGAGAAAAAAUGUACAGAAAGGGAUCAUUGUGUGGAAUAUUUCUCCUAGAAUUAUCUGGGAUUCAACACGGUGAUCCAUUUGUUAAAUAUUGUUCUAAUUUAAGUAAAAAAAAAAAGUAAAAUUGUAAAGAAUGUUUAAAUUGCAAAGAAGAUGAAAAUGAUGUAUACUAUUAGGUUGUAAGAUGUAAAUAAUUGUCAACUUUGCCCCCACUUAGUUUUUUAUGCUCUUUCAAAUCAAUUUAUUUCUUUGGAAACUUGGAAGAAAAAAUCUAAAGUCUCGUGCUUACCACCUUGUUUUGGUUUAUCGCAACAAAAGUUUUUACACAGACUGAAAAAAAAAUUAUUUAAAAUUCAGAGUCCAAAAAAAAAGAAUAAAAUGUUAGUUUUAAAGUAAAAUUAUGAAAAAGAAUUUGCCAAAAAGAAGAAAGUUUCAUAAACUAAAGCAACGUGGUCCAAGACUUCGAUAGGGCAGUGUAAAAGCAAAUAAUUUUGUUUCUGCUUAAAAAUGGUAUUUUCUGUAAAAAAAAAACAAUUUAAAAAAUUAAAGAUGUCCCUUUGUUAACAUCAAAGACGAAAGAAAAAAGGAUAAAUCCAAGUUCAAAGUGAUAUUUUAGCUUUAGUGUUGUAUAGAGAUUACUGCGAAAUGCAUAUUUUAGGCAAAAAUUAAACAA